AUGAAAGAGUCUCCUUUCAUCCGAAAUGCUACCAUCGAGACUCCAGAAGUAGCCUGGAUUUGGAGUUCGGCAUGGCGUGAUGAUGGUUCGUCCUCGUCUUCGAAAACGGGAAGGGGGGUGCUUCUGCACUCUUUUGCAAGACGAAUAGUGUUCUUCCUACAAUUUGGAUAUUUCACGGUCGAUCCUGUCUGGAUAGCCUACGUGGCACUGCGAGUGCAACCCAAUGUGAGGUACCGGUGUGUUGACGGGCUGGUAAGAAGCACAGUUUAGCACCGAUAUUGCAACCGGAGCAGACUCCGGAUAUUUUGUCG